AUGAGCUGCACCAGAAUGAUCCAGGUUUUAGAUCCACGGCCUUUGACAAGUUCAGUCAUGCCGGUGGAUGUGGCCAUGAGAUUCUGCUUGACUCAUUCACCACCUCUGAAGAGCUUCCUGGGCCCUUAUGAUGAUUUUAAACGAAGACAUUUUGUGAACAAAUUGAAGCCUCUGAAACCGUGCCUCAAUGUAAAACAGGAGGCCAAAUCACAGAACGACUGGAAGCACUCACACAACCAAGCCAAGAAGCGUGUUGUGUUUGCUGACUCCAAGGGCCUUGCUCUCACUGCCAUCCAUGUCUUCUCCGACCUCCCAGAAGAACCAGCAUGGGAUCUCCAGUUUGAUCUCUUGGACCUUAAUGAGAUCUCCUCCAGUUUAAAACUCCAUGAAGAGAAAAACUUGAUUUUAGAUUUUCCACAGCCUUCAUCUGACUACUUAAGUUUCCGGAAGCGCUUUCAGAAAAACUUGGUCUGUUUGGAGAACUGCUCUUUGCAAGAGCGAACAUUGACUGGGACUGUGAAGGUAAAAAAUGUGAGCUUUGAGAAGAAGGUUCAAGUCCGUAUCACUUUUGAUACUUGGAAAAACUACACUGAUGUAGACUGUAUCUACAUGAAAAAUGUGUAUGGUGGCUCAGAUAGCGACACCUUCUCAUUUGCUAUCGAUUUACCCCAAGUCAUUCCAACAGAGGAGAAAAUUGAGUUCUGCAUUUCUUACCAUGCCAAUGGGCAGAUCUUCUGGGACAACAACGAGGGUCAGAAUUAUAGAAUUGUCCAUGUGCAAUGGAAACCUGAUGGGGUACAGACACAGAUGGCAUCCAAGGACUGUGUAUUUCACCAUGCGCCCCCCAAAACUGAGUUGGAGUCAACAAUCUUUGGCAGUCCAAGGCUGGCUAGUGGGUUCUUCCCAGAAUGGCAGAGCUGGGGGAGACUGGAGAACUUGGCCUCUUAUCGAUGAAUUAACCUAGUGACUGGUCUUGAUCUGUCGCAUUUCCCAAUGUAAUUCUAGGACUGUAUUGUUCUAUAUUGGGAAGUCUUUGCUAUUUUCCUUCAGUAGGUUUAG